CUCUUCCUGAUCACUAAUCAGAGGAAGAUGGUGUGUAGGGAGGAUUUUGUGCUCUUCCCGGAUUGAAGCAGCAGCUGGAAGAAAAGAGGAUGGGAAGAAGAGCCCUCUGGACAGCUAUGAAUAACAAGCAACAUUGAAAAGGAAAGCAAACCAAGCCAGAAAUCAAAAUAUUUUCUGUUUCCUUCAGAAAACCACACAAUUCUCCCACUCCUCCAGCAGCUCUUAGAAAAAAAGAGAGAAAAUCAAGAAAGAUUUCAAACUGGAAUAAGUAGAUUUUUCAGAACUCAAGGAUACAUUACAUGAAAAGUGAAGGGAGAUUAUUUUUCAUUCAGUAAAAUAAGGAAAUAUCUGGAAGUCAGUUGGAGGGAAAGGUGAGUAGGAAAGUCAGUAGAGCAGAGAGCCAUGCAGGCCUCGCCCUGUGAGGAAGAAAACGGAUUGAACGAAAGCAUCACUAAACAAGGGAUUGUCCAUAUUUUUGACUUCCUCAAGAAUAUCAGCUGUGGAAAAGCUCCGUACUUGUGUCUCUUGUUGUAAAAGCACAGAUUGCAAAUCACAACUGAUUAUGCACAUAGUACUCACACAGGAGAGAAACCCUCUGAAUGUCCUGAUUAUGGGAAAUGUUACAGCCAAAAUUCCAAUCUGGUGACACACCAGGGGGGACUCACACAAGAGAGGAACCCUGUGAAUGUCCUGAUUGUGGGAAAUGUUACACCCACAAUUCCAAUCUCAUGACACAACAGGGGACUCUCGCAGGAGAGAAAACCUUUGAAUGUCCUGAUUGUGGGAAAGGUUUCAGUCAGAAAUCCAAGCUAGUGAUGCACCAGAGGACUCACACAGGGGAGAAAUCCUUUGAAUGUCCUGAUUGUUGGAAAGAUUUCAGUUGGAAUUCCCAGCUGGUGAUACAUCAGAGGAUUCACACAGGAGAGAAACCCUUUGAAUGUCCUGAUUGUGGGAAAGGUUUCAGUUGCAAUUCCUACCUAGUGAGACACCAGAGGAUUCACACAGGAGAGAAACCAUUUGAAUGUCCUGGUUGUGGGAAAAGUUUCAGUGAGAAUUCCAGCCUUGUGAAACAUCAGAGGACUCACACAGGAGAGAAACCCUUUGAAUGUCCUUGUUGUGGAAAAAGUUUCAGUCAGAAUUCCAGCCUUGUGACACACCAGAGUACUCACACAGGAGACAAACCCUUUGAAUGUCCUGAUUGUAGGAAAGGUUUUAGUGAGAAUUCCUACCUAGUGAGACACCAGAGGUCUCACACAGGAGAUAAACCAUUUGAAUGUCCUGAUUGUGGGAAAAGUUUCAGUGAGAAUUCCAGCCUUGUGAAACACCAGAGGAUUCACACAGGAGAGAAACCCUUUGAAUGUCCUUGUUGUGGAAAAAGUUUCAAUCGCUAUUCCAAUCUGGUGAGACAUCAGAGUACUCACACAGGAGAGAAACCCUUUGAAUGUCCUGAUUGUGGGAAAGGUUUCAGUCAGAAAUCCAGCCUGGUGAAACAUCAGAGGACUCGCACAGGAGAUAAACCCUUUGAAUGUCCUGAUUGUGGGAAAAGUUUCAGUGAGAAUUUCAGCCUUGUGAGACAUCAGAGUACACACACAGGAGAGAAACCCUUUGAAUGUCCUGAUUGUGGAAAAAGUUUCAGUCAGAAAUCCAGCCUAGUGAAACACCAGAGGACUCACUCAGGAAAGAAACCCUUCGAAUGUGCUGGCUGUGGGAAAGGUUUCAGUGAGAAUUCCAGCCUUAUGAAACACCAGAGGACUCACACAGGGGAGAAAUCCUUUGAAUGUCCUUGUUGUGGAAAAAGUUUCAGUCGCUAUUCCAACUUGGUGAGACAUCAGAGUACUCACACAGGAGAGAAACCCUUUGAAUGUCCUGAUUGUGGAAAAAGUUUCAGUUGCAAUUCCUACCUGGUGGUGCACCAGAGGACUCACACAGGAGAGAAACCCUUUGAAUGUCCUGAUUGUGGGAAAAGUUUCAGUCAGAAAUACAGGCUGGUGAAACACCAGAGGACUCACACAGGAGAGAAACCCUUUGAAUGUCCUGAUUGUGGGAAAAGUUUCAGUCAGAAAUACAGGCUGGUGAAACACCAGAGGACUCACACAGGAGAGAAACCCUUUGAAUGUCCUGAUUGUGGGAAACGUUUCAGUGAGAAUGACAAGCUCUUGAGACACCAAAGGACUCACACGGGAGUGAAACCCUUUGAAUGUCCUGAUUGUGGGAAAAGCUUCAAUCACGAGUCCAACUUGGUGACACACCAGAGGACUCAUACAGGAGAGAAUUCCUUUGAAUGUCCUGAUUUUGGGAAAAGUUUCAAUCAGAAUUCCCAGAUCACGACACACCAGAGGACUCACAUAGGAGAGAAACCCUUUGAAUGUCCUGAUUUUGGGGGAAGAUUUCAGUGAGAAUUCCAUCCUGUUGAGAUACUAGAGGACUCACACAGGAGAGAAAUCCUUUGAAUGUCCUUGUUGUGGAGAAAGUUUCAGUCGCUAUUCCAACCUGGUGAGACAUCAGACUACACACAUAGGAGAGAAACCCUUUGAAUGUCCUGAUUGUGGAAAAAGUUUCAGUCUGAAUUGCAAACUCUUGAGACACCAAAGGACUCACACAGGAGAGAAACCCUUUGAAUGUCCUGAUUGUGGGAAAAGUUUCAGUCAGAAAUACAGCCUGGUGAAAAACCAGAGGACUCACACAGGAGAGAAACCCUUUGAAUGUCCUGAUUGUGGGAAAGGUUUUAGUCAGAAAUCCAACCUAGUGAAACAUCAGAGGACUCACACAGGAGAGAAAUCCUUUGAAUGUCCUGGCUGUGGGAAAAGUUUCAGUGAGAAUUACAGCCUUGUGACACACCAGAGGACUCACACAGGAGAGAAAACAUUUGAAUGUCCUAUCUGUGGGGAAAGUUUCAGUGAGAAUUCCCACUUCGUGACGCACCAGAGGACUCACACAGGAGAGAAAAUGUUUGAAUGUCCUGAUUGUGGGAAAGAUUUCAUUGAGAAUUCCAUCCUGUUGAGAUACUAGAGGACUCACACGGGGGAGAAGUCUUUCAAAUGUCCAGUCUGUGGACGUUACUUCACUCAUAAAUCAUUCCUUAUUGCACAUGAGGAAAUCCACAUGAGGCAAAAGUUGAAGAAUUUAGAAAAGGCUUGAAAUUCAUUUGUGAUCUCCCAUUGAAACUGUAGUUGAGACAUUGACUAUUUGACUUGUAGUCUGAAUCUUUUUAUUCAAACAUGUCUCAGGACUAGACUUGUAGGUGGAGAGAAAAGGAAAAUGGAAGAGGGCUAACUGCCAAUUUCUGCUUAGCAGCAGCAGCUACUGGAUAUUUCCUUUUGUAUAAGUUGUGGAUUUCAUCAAAAAGGCUUCUGGGUGGUAGUUUUGAAUAUUGAUUAUAUAAUUCCCAUAUUGAUUAUAUAAUUCCCACAUGUAGAGUUUCACGUCUUUUACCUUGGCUUCCUCCAGAUUUUGAGGCCCAGAAUUCCUCAGCCAGCAUAGAAAAGGUCCUCAAGAUCUAACUGUCAUGGGCCUUGCAAUUAUGGUUGCAUGUUGCAACAGCUGUUAAGUGAGAUUUGUUUCCUAAACUACCCUAUCUCUGAUGCAGCCAUUAAUUGAAUGUGUCAGUCACUAAGUGGAUCACUGGCUACCUCAGGGUUGGGGGAAGCUAUUGGAGGCUUAGUGCAGGCCCAGGUUUGCCUGUUGUAGGCAUCUCUAGGCCUCCUCCACCCUCUGCUCUCACGCCUCACACCCUCCUCUUUCUAAGAUUUCUGAUCCUAACGUUGGGGAAGGAGGGGAGGGCGUGCAUCCCUGGCCCUUGGGACUGUGUCCUGGAAGCAGCCGUUAUUUUCAGUGGGCCCUGGCAGCCGUCCCAUGCGGUGGACUUGUGGAAGCAGCUGUCAUUUGGCCAUACUGUCACGCAGAAGAGAGACAAACCUCUCUGUUUUGCUACCUAACUUGAGGGGAAAAAUACAGUUGAAAAGGCUUCAUUGCUGAUAAGGGGAAAAAAUGGGUAUUUUCAGUGUUGCUAUGGACAUUAGGUCAAGGGAAGUCGCUCAGAGUUGCCUCAAACGGCGAGAUGGGCAGUGAUUGUUUAAUAAUGAAUGAAUUUAAUAAUAAAAAGAUAAUGUGAAGCUCAUUACCCAACUCUUGCUCAGUGAUACAUACGGUGGGUUUCUAACACAUACGAUUGUUAAUUUGUAAUCUGUCUCUUGUGCAAUCUGCAUCUCUAAGUAAUCUGUUUUACUCAGCUUCCCGUCCCUCUUCAUUGAUAAAUUUAAAAUUUAAAAUUUCAGUUUCAAUCAUACAUCAGUCCCACCACUCUCUGCCUCUGAUGACGUGAGCUGCAGUUAGGCUUCUGCCUCGUAAUUUAUUGUUGCAUUGCUAUCUGCCCUAGUCCUAAAUUCUAUGAAAAUACAGCAAUUCAUUAGGCACAGUUUAAAAAAUUAGAAUGGCUAACUGGAUAUGUUUUGAUUGGCAUCCUUCUCAGAUUCAGCGAUUAUCUUCUCCGUCAUUGCCAGUCUUAUGGGGAAAUUAGGACAUUUCAAACUGGACAACUAAGCUAUGGUUUCUCUCUAAAACAGCCAUUUGUUUUUUCAGUCGGAUUGUAGCCUUUGAACAUGAAAGAAUCACAGAAGAUCUCUCUGAUUUCCCUGAUGAUUUUCCAAAUUCUGAACCAGAUUCGAUAGACAUCAUGGAAGUUCAGGUCCCCGUGGAUGGCAACAAUGAGUAGACACAAAUGUUCAAAAAAUGUUGGGAAUGAAUUUCUUUAACGUAAGAAUAUGUCGGCUGCUUAGUCUGAAAGCUCAUCCUGGGUGUGACACUCUGGGCGUUUGAAGGUGCCUGUGAUCCCUCUUGGUUCUUCUGGGUCCUGUCCCCCCUGAUUUUAUUCCUUCUUUUAAAAGUCUGAGAAUUUCACAAGUUAUUUAAUUAAAGUAAACUUCUGUUUCCACAAAUGCUUCUGGAGAAACAGAAAUGAUGGGUAGUUGUAACAAGCCAGAAUGGGUUUGUUAAUGUGAGGUCCCUUGGUUGUUGAUUAGAGCACGGAGUGAGCGAUACUGAAAUUGGCAGAUGGCCAUUUGCCACUCCAUAGAAUCAGUUAUAGAUCUCCUUCUCAAAGAUUUAAUGGGGAGGUCUCCUCAGAUGCAAUCAUGGAGAAACGUUAGCUCUAAUCAAUGACCAACAUAGGCGGAUAGAGGUUUGUAAGACACGGGUCCAAGACUAUCAUGAGUGCUGCAACAUUUAAUUAACGUACCAGCACUUCGUUGCACUUUACCGCCAGAUUCAUCAAGCCACUAUGAGGGCAAGCUGCCAGACAACCACGACACUCCAACACAAGUUGAAAACGUUAUAGAUGUUGGAGGACUGUGAUUACACCAAGGGGUUAGUUCAUAACAUAUUCUCUAAAGUGUUGACCCAGGAACAGAUAACCCUGCUUGAACGGGAUGUGGGACAUAAUUUGGCGGAUGCACGACCAUUGGAUUUUUUGGCAGCAUUGGAUCCUGCUGAACAACAGAUUGGGGUGGGUGACGAGAUCAAAAAUUCUGUUAGACAAAGAAUCACAGGUUUGCUACUAGGUCACAAAGGGUAUCAAAUAUUAUCCAGGGGCGAAAAAGAGGCUUUAGAACAACUUAGAAAAGACCAUACUAUCAUUCUGCUAGCGGAUAAAGGCAGGGUGACGGUAGUUAUGGACAAAACACAAUACACCGAUAAAGCCCUGUCAUUACUCAGUGACACAACGGCAUACAGAACCAUUACCAGAGACCCCAUGACCACGCUCAAAAAUAGUAUAAACAAACUUUUGGAUAAUUUCAAACACUGUAAAGUAAUGGAUGAAAACACUCUGAGGAAAAUACGCCCGAGGGAUUCGGCCAUAGCCAGGUUCUAUGGCUUAUCAAAGGUUCAUCAAGAAGGGGCUCCCCUACGUCCAAUUGUCUCAUUCAAAGGCACACCAACCUCAGAGUUAGCCAGGUGGCUGAGUAGCCGCAUCAGCCAUGUGGUAGAUGGUAAUCAGUGAGAUCGGCUUGGAAUUUCUAGAAAAAGUCAAGUUCCUAAAGGUGGAGGGGGAUGAGGUGAUGAUAUCUUUUAACGUCACCUUACUCUUUACCUCCAUCCCGCAGGACUUGGCAGUCACGACCUUAAGAGACGGCCUUAAUGAAAUGGGACAAGGACGACAUCAAGAUUCCCUAUAUACUGACGACCUAGUGAAAUUAACAACAUUAUGUUUAAAAAUGUAUCUUACUUUCCAAGGGACCUUAUACGAGCAGGUCAAAGGAACACCUAUGGGAACCCCUAUCUCAAGCAUAGUGGCAGAAGCCGUUCUGCAACGUUUGGAAACCAUGGUGAUGUCUCAGUUCCACCCCAAAUUUUGAGUCCGAUAUGUGGACUAUACGUUUGUAGUUAUUAAGAAACAACAUAAGGCUGAUUUUAUGGAGGCGCUAAACUCUGUGUACUCAGAUAUCCGCUUUACAGCAGAGGAAGAGAACCAGGGUACGUUAGCCUUUCUGGAUGUGUUGGUCCAACGUCAACUGGAUGGGACCCUACGCACAAAAGUGUAUCGUAAACCGACCCAUACCAAUAGGACCCUCCAUUAUGGGAGCAACCAUCUAGUGGCCCAUAAAAUCAGCUAUAUAAGAACAUUGUUCAAACGUAUCGAUUCACACUGCAGUACAACCAGGACCAAAAUUGAGGAAAGGAAUCAUCUAUUUCGGACCUCCAAGUAUAAUGGUUACCCUACUGGAUUCAUUAGGAAGUACAGUAAGCCGUACAGAUCCUGCAAAAACUUGCAAGAAACUGACAGGACGACAACACAAAAUGUGCGUAUCUCCCUCCCAUACAUUAAUGGUGUAUCAGAGGCAACAGCUAGAUUACUGGCUCCCUUUAAUGUAAAAGUGGCCCAUAAACCAGAUCAAACUCUACGAUCUAAGAUCAUGCACCCAAACUAUCCACUCCCCAAUGAAGAAAAAUCUGCAAUAAUUUAUAAGAUCAAGUGUAAGGACUGUUCCUGUAACUAUGUUGGUGAGGGCACAAAAAGAUUAAAAACUAGGGUGUAUGAGCAUGCACAAGCAGUUAUCUUUUGGAAAAAUAAAAGCCUUAAAAAAAUAAAGGACUUUUACGAAUUC